AUGUACGUUCUGGAUCUCGCGUUUGACCAGGAAAUACUGGAACUUCACGAGAACCAAAGCCUGGGGUACCUGAAAGAGACGAUCAUCGCUCAGUGUUACCUGAUGCUGAGCUGGGUGGCAGUAAAGCUCGCGGAAGCUCCUCAUACAAGCUCGUUCGACAGGUUUGAUGCCAAAGGUUGGGAAGCUGACUACGAAAAAGUGGACAAUGGCGCCAUAUGGGGCACUCCGGAAAGACAGCUACGGGCUAGCAUCAUCAAGGCGCUAGCGUACGAGAUGAGGGAUGUCAACAAUCUAGAGGAGAUCAUUCAGGAGGAACUUUCCGGCCAUCUGCUACUUUUGGGACAUGAUAUGCGAGCGAUCCACGUCGAAGAUUCAUCCAUUUCCGCACGCCGGCUUAUCGCCGCCGGCUAG